UACUGGGGAUUAUUCAAGACCAGGCUACAUAGUAUGCACGUUAUUUUCUCACUGUAUCUCUGGGCUGUGCACAAGCGAGGCAAAUAGCUGCUCUGGGGUGAGGAAGCGUGAACCCAAAACCCUCUUGGCAAGCUCACAAAGAGGCAAGGGGUGCCAUAAAAAUUCCACAAGUCUGCAUGUGACCAAACGGAGUCGCUGCCAUGCUUUUUUUAUAUUUCGUUUCGGCAGCCACGCUUUUUGUCUGCUUUUCAUUGCUCACUUGUACGCGGUUUAACGUUUUAGAAACUUGUUUGAAUUAAAGGUGGACAGAUGCUGUAGUUAUAUAUUGUAGCAGGAAAGAUUCAUUGAUAAAAUGCAUAGAAAAAUACAUUUUCACAUCUUUUUUCCCCAAAAGGACAAAUAGGCCCAUUUGAGCAAUAAAAUAGCAAAAGUGUCACAGAGAGCGAAAGUAAAACAGUCUGUGUCUCUUUUUUUUUUUUUUUUUAAAUGUCAACUGUCCAGUUUUUCUCUACUGUGUACAUUUUUUUUGAAAUGGUCUUGACUGUUAUAAAUUGUAUUGUCCCAUGUCGUGACGUCACGGUGGGGUACUGGGCCCUGCGAUUGGCUGGCGACCAGUUCAGGGUGCACCCCGCCUCUUGUUUUUACUUGACGAAAUUAUCAGCAAAUGUACAAUCAUCUCAAAGAUUAGAUGAUAGUAUUUAUCUGUAAUCAUUUGUGUGAAUACCUUGAACAGCUUUACAUAUUGGUUUUGUAAUAUCUAUUUGGGGGGGGGUAAGGUUCCAAUAUGACUGUUAUACACUUAAUUCAUAUUUUUACACUAACAACCAUUUUGUCCAAAUAAAUAAUAUUCUCACGAGGUUAAAAAAAUGAUGGAAAUGCGGAAUCCAUGUCAAAUCGCACGAAAUUGCAUCUUAUUGCUCGUUUUGGCGCUUUCCCCCCCAAACAUUCAUUAGGAUCAUCAUAUUGAUGAGUGCAAAAUGUACACAGAAUGGCUUUGAUUCUCUGAAGUUCCCAAUUUGCACUCAUGGCCUCCAUAAAACGCAUCGCAGGUCUGCGCUUCGCUUCUCGGUGCUCGCGAGCCUUUAGCGCAUAUUGCACUCCCAGCACGCCGACUGCGCUCGCAUUGUUUCCAAGCCGCGCGUCCGCGUUUUUUGCCGCAAUGCUCGUUAACCUCCCGAUGACCCCGCUCGCAGAGUCAGUGCAACAGUUGCGCCAGAGGAUGGCGCACCACGACAACGCAAAGUUCGCCCUCAGCCGCGGAGUCCUCCUCAUCCCCACCCCUGCGCGAGUUUACCUCCGGAGGUCACCGAGCAGGAUUUACGACUGGUCAACAAAAGCACGUGAUGCUCCGCCGUACCCCAUAUUUGGGUGCCUACGUAAGAGAGAAUCAAGUCCAUGGCCCACUCAUUUCCAUAAUUCAUCAUAAAUUGUGCAAGGCUGCAAUAGGACGCGCUAAACCAUCCGAGCCACAAAUCAAGCACGCGCGCUUGAUGCUUUUUCUCCCCUUGCAAUAAUAACAACAAAAGAGCAUCAAUACGCAGCGAGCGGAGGACUUGUCAACAAAUGAGCUCCUAUUUUGUGAACUCAUUCUGCGGUCGCUAUCCCAAUGGCGCGGACUUCCAGUUACAUAAUUAUGGCGAGCAUAGUUCGGCGGACGAGCAAUACAGAGACUCCACCGCCAUGCACUCCGGCAGGUACGGCGGCUAUGGCUACAACGGGAUGGACCUAACCGUGGGCCGGCCCGCGACCGGACACUUUGCGGGCAGCGAGCGGACGGCCGCCUUCUCCCCGAGCCACUCGGCGGCCGCCACCCCCUCGGUGGAGCCCGUCGGGUACGCGCAGCCCGCCGCCGGCAGCGCCGCCGGCUCGGCUCUGUCCCCCGCGGCCGACCCGAUCCCGAUCCCGAUCCCGAUCCCGAUCCCCUGCUCGUCCUCGGUGGCCGGCUCCACGCAGGUCUGCACCGAGUCUCGGACCCAGUCUCACCGAGCCGUGAAAAACUCACUCCCCAGCGCGUGCUCCGGCUCCGGCGGGGGCACUCUGCUGCACAACCGGGACUGUGCGCCCAAAGGGUCCCCUCUGGACGAGGAAAAACCCACGGGGAGUGCACCCGGCACGCCACAGAACGCCAGCGACCCGACCCAGCCACAGAUAUACCCCUGGAUGAGGAAGCUGCACAUAAACCACGAUUUGUCAGGACCAGAGGGCAAGCGUGCCCGGACCGCCUACACCCGCUACCAGACCCUGGAGCUGGAGAAGGAGUUCCACUUCAACCGCUACCUGACCCGCAGGCGGAGGAUCGAGAUCGCGCACGCCUUGUGCCUCUCGGAGAGACAGAUCAAAAUCUGGUUCCAGAACCGCAGGAUGAAGUGGAAGAAGGACAACAAGCUGAAGAGCAUGAGCAUGGCUGCAGGCGCGGGAGGCUACAGGCCUUGAUUACACUCAACCCCACCCACUCAGCCCACCCACUCACCAUCACCCCUGAUAAGGAGUGAUACAAAAAUAAAAGUUAUGUCAUAUCAACUUCCUCUUAUGUGGGUGCAAAGACGUGACGCCACCAGGAGCAUCCGACACUAUAGCCAACAUUCUUUUCAUUUAGUGCUAAAAUACUCCAUCUGAAAUGUACAGUUCGGUCUAGAUUUAGAGAAAACGAAUAAAUGUUGGUUUAAAUUAUUUCUUGUUCAGGAAGGAAAAAAAAAGGGAGAAAGAAAAUGCUACCUAUUAACCAGCGAAUGCACUCAAUGUACACUCAAGUCCCAGCUUACUUGUUUAGCUACGUUUUCUGUGUACCUCCAGUAUAUUGUGUAUUGUAUUUAUUUGUGUCGUGUAUAUUGUGUUCAAUUGAGAUUUCAAAACAAGACAAAAAAAGCCUCCCGAAUUCUGCAAAGUGAUUUUUAUGCGUGUCAGCUCAAGUCUUGCGUGUACAGUACAACUCCGCAUUAUAUUUGUAAUUGUUUUUGCAGCUUAAGACAUAAGGCUUUUAAAAAUGUUUUUCCUUAUUUGCCUUUUUAAAAAAUCUGCAUUGUGUAUGACCCCCGUGGCGUU